AUGGAUGCGCAGAGCUCGCUCCUGACUGACCGGGACUGUUUUGACAUGUGGCACGACUACAUGAACCUGUCCAGGCUGCUGGAGGGGCUGAGAGGGAGAGAGGCGGACCCCAGCGGGGAAACCGAGGCGCCGAAGAAGAAGGAGGCUGCGGCAUCGUGGAUCCAGAACUCGCCUCGGGCCAAGAGGGGCAGGAACUCCACGGAGACCAGCUCCAUCAGCAGCCUGUCGGACACCAGCCUGACCUCCGCAGCGGACUGCCGCUUCUGCAAGCAGAACGGGGAGUCUGCAAGGGUGUACCGGUCACACAGGCUCAGAUCGGACGAUGGGAGGGUCACCUGUCCUAUCCUCCGGAAGUACACCUGCCCCAUCUGCAAAGCCACCGGGGACCAGGCUCACACACGCCGGUACUGUCCGCAGGUGCAGCGGCAGGAGGCUGCGAGGAUGCUGCCAGUGUCCAAGUUCUGGUAA